AUGUUCUUUAAAGACGAUUUCCUCGUUCCUGUGGAUGAGGAAAUUAUAUCUUCCAUUGAACAGAAAGUUGCAGAUACUUGUAGCAUUGGUGACAAGGAAAAGUGCGAAGUAACAGAAACUAUAUCACAAUAUGCUCGUGAAGCAAAUGAACAAGAAAGUAAAGCUGAAGUGAUAAGCGUCGGCGGAGAAUUAAAGGAACGUACUUGUGAUUCACUCAUUAUGUGUAUAGUCACCACGUUAAAUCAAGGAUUGAGGAAUGGUGGUGGUAUCGGGGAUAUUUUACGAGCACCAUCCAGCGUUGUAAGAACCUUUAUUGUUGCAAGAGUUGUCUAUGAUUUGCUAUUCUUCUUCAUUGUAAUAAUUAUCGUUUUGAAUCUCAUCUUUGGUGUGAUUAUCGAUACAUUUGCGGAUCUUAGAUCAGAGAAGCAGCAGAAGGAAUUGAUUUUGAAAAAUACUUGUUUCAUUUGCGGUUUGAAUAGAUCGGCUUUCGAUAACAAAACAGUUUCCUUUGAGGAACACAUAAAGCAUGAGCAUAAUAUGUGGCAUUAUCUCUACUUCAUUGUGUUAGUGAAGGUGAAGGAUCCGACAGAAUUUACAGGGCCGGAAUCAUACGUUUACUCUAUGGUUAAGGAUCGAAAUCUGGAAUGGUUCCCGAGAUUGCGGGCCAAAUCACUGGCAGCGGACGAAGGUGAAGGUGAGCAAGUGGAAUUGAGAAGUUUACAAUCGCAAUUAGAAUCUACGCAGCAGUUAGUUAAAUGUUUGUCGCAACAACUGAUGGAGCUUCGUGAUCAGAUGACGGAGCAACGAAAGCAAAAGCAGCGACUGGGACUUUGAAUUCUGCCUCUGCAGUUUUACAUAAUAUAUCUACGUAAACUUAAGGCACAUCUUUUGCAGUUUGCGUCUUAUUCCGGACGAAUCUCAGUUUGAUACUCCAAGAUAUAAUAUGUAUGUAGCGAUCAUCAUGUGUUCUAAACACGCAUUUAAAGACACGAAAAUGUAUCGAGUGGAUAACCCGAGGCAUUUUUACGGUUUUGUUCCUAAUUUUAAUGAAAGUAAAAUACACCUAGGGCAUUAAACAUUAUCAUUCUCCUUUCUAUCAUAUAAGCUCUCAACCCAGUUUAUCAGUUAGCCAUAAAGGAAUCUGUAUGUAUCGUAAAUUGCAUUGUUUACCAAUGUAUAAAUUGUUACACAAAUAGAAGAAUUAAGCGUAUCCAUAUAAAAGAGAUUAAUAU